AUUUUAAUGAAUUUAUGGCAGUUAGGCUUCAUUCAUCUGUUCAUUCCUGUUUUCUCUGUGCUUCCAAGUAGUUGAAUUCUUCAGGUCAGAAAAAGAAAAGAAAGAAAGAAAAAGAGCUUUAUUGCACUCCUUUUUUGAGGAAAGAAUUAAGAAAAAAGGAAAAAGAGCUUUGUUUGUUGCCCUCCAUUUUUGAGAUGGCAUUUCCUGGGGAAGGUAUUUUAACAGAUCUUGCCAAGAGAUUGGCAGAUAAAACUAUAACAGAAGUCAAUUACUUUCGUCAUUUUGACACUCAUGUUUGCGAGUUUGAGCAACAACACAACGAGUUGGAUGCAAAAUUUGAAGAAGUGAAUAAUGAUAUUGAAGAUGCCAAAAGAAAAAAUGAGAACCCAACCAAAGAUGUUGAGGUUUGGAAAGACAAAGCUUAUAUUCUAAUUCAAGAGAAUCGUAGAAUCAAGCAGACAUGGUCUUAUAGUUCAUGUCCUCAUUGGAGAUAUUGACAAGGCAAGAGGUUGGCAAAGAGGAUGCUAGCUAUUAAAGAUCACAUACAAAAAUGUAGCUUCGAAAGAGUGGCACAUCCAGCUAAACUUCCAGGUAUUAAAUACCAUGUUCUAGGAGACUUCAUUGAUUUUGAGAGCAGAAAAUCAAAAUUGAAGCAACUUGUAGAAGCUUUAGAAGAUGGAAAUCAUCACAUGGUUGGAUUGCAAGGGAUGGGGGGAACAGGCAAAACCACAUUAGCAACACAAGUAGGCAAACAAAUUGAAGAAUCCAAAGCAUUUGAGAAGGUCAUCUUUGUCGUUGUGUCCAAUCCUCCUGAUAUCAGCAAGAUUCGAGAUGACAUUGCAAGGCAAUUAGGAUUGCCUUUAGACAAAGCAGCGGAAGCAGAUCACUCAAAGCUCUUGUGGUCUAGAAUUUCUAAUAAAGAAAGGAAAUUACUUAUAAUAUUGGAUGAUGUGUGGGAAAAGCUAAAUCUUACAAACAUUGGGAUUCCAUCUGGACCUGAUCAUAAGAAUUGCUAUGUUUUGAUAACCACUCGCCAUUCAAGAGUUUGUGAAGCAAUGAGAUGCCAAAAAACGAUUCACCUACACACAUUAACUGACGAGGAUGCAUUGAAUCUUUUUCUAUUUCAUGCUACAAGUAAUAAUGGUCUUUCAAGAAAAGAGUUGGAGGAUCUUGCACGAGGUUUUGUGAAGGAGUGUGGAGGAUUACCAAUUGCAAUUGCAUCACUAGCUAGCACAUUAAGAAUUUGGCCAGUAAGUGAAUGGAAGGAAGCUUUGGCAACCUUAAGAAAAUCUGAGAAAUUUCUUGAUAUUGAUGAAGAUUUAGUUCAGGUUUAUAGAUGCCUAAGCUUAAGCUAUGGGAAUUUGAGAAAUGAGAAGGCCCAAAAACUCUUUCUAUUGUGUUCUAUUUUCCCAGAAGAUUAUGAAAUUCCUAUAAAUCUUAUUAUCAGACUUGGUAUAGGGGCUGGAAUUUUUGGCAAAGUUGAAAAUUAUUGUGCGGGAAGAAGUCAAGUACUUGGAGUGAAAAAUGAACUUGUAGCUUCCACUUUGCUGUUGAAGGUUGACGAGAAAGAAUGUGUAAAAAUGCACGACUUGGUUCGUGAAGUGGCCUUGUGGAUGGCAAAGGAGGAUAUUCAAGUGAUCAUGGAUUCAAGGACAGCUUUAGAAACAAGCAAGAGAAUUGUGUUUUGGAGUACUAAUGAUUUUCCAGAUCAGUUUGAUGGUGCAAAACUUGAAAUUCUAUUCCUUUAGAUAAAAGGAGAUGUUUUGGUGAAAAACCCAGAAACAUUGUUCGCGGGGGUGGCAGGCCUCAGCAUUCUUUUUUUACUUGGCAGGCCUAAGAAGCAUUCUAUUCCAUCAUUGUCACAAUCACUUCUUUCAUUAAAGAACAUGCAAACUCUCAUCUUGGAUGGUUGGGAAUUAGGUGACAUCUCUAUCUUGAAAAACUUACAAAGUCUUGUGACUCUUGAGUUGAAAAAUUGUAUAAUAAUUGAAUUACCUAAAGAUAUCAAGGAAUUAAAGAAGUUGAGAUUGUUGGGAUUAAGGAAGUGUGAAAUUCAAAAGAACAAUCCUUUUAAAGUGAUUGAAACAUGUUCCCAAUUGGAAGAACUAUAUUUUGUUAAGAAUGAGGAUGUCGAAGAUUGGAAGCUGCAUCUUGACAAAGAAACUAGAGAUGAAAUUACUCAUGAUAUAUCUCCUCCAAUAUUGGGAAUGUUUUCUAUUGCUUGUGAUGGUUAUGAAUAUUUUAAUGGGGAUGAUAAUGGCUUGUUAAGAUGCUUCAAUACAAAACAUGUGGAAGAUUUAAUUUCAAAAUCCAUGUUUAAGUACAUUGUAGGAAGAGCAGAGGUUCUUGAGUUGGGAAAAAGGGAAGAAACAGGAUGGAAAUGCCUCAUCCCUGACAUUAUUCCUGUGAAAGAUGGAGGCAUGAAUGAUUUAAUUAAGCUUUGUUUGUAUGAAUGGGAUGAGAUUGAGUACCUCAUUGAUACUAGGAAGCAUUGUUAUUCAGAAGCCUUCUCCAAGCUGGUUGAACUACAUUUGAAUGGUGUGGAUGUGAAAGAAUUGUGUGGUGGUCUUCCGCCUUCUGGAUUUCUUAAGAAGCUACAAAUUUUAAACUUAAGGGAGUGUAAAAAAUUGCACAACAUAUUCUUUGAUGUCAAUUUCAAAGUUCCUCAUCUAAAGAUUUUGACGUUAAGGAAUUGUCCAAUGUUCCAACCAUCAAUUUUCCCACUAUUUGUUGCUCAAAGUCUGGUGCAGUUGGAAAAUUUUACGAUUGGAGAUUGUGAGGACUUAAAAAGUUUAAUCACAUAUGAGAGUCUUGGAAACGAAUUAGGAGAUGUUGAUAAUCAAAAGAGCUAUGGCUUACCGUUUCCAAAGUUAAAGAAUCUUAAAAUUGAAGGAUGUCAUAAACUAGAAUUGGUGUCACCCUUCCUUUUGGCAGGAGACCUUCCCCUUUUGGAAGAGAUAUAUAUAUGGAAUUGCAAGGAGCUAAAAUACAUAUUUGGUAAAUACCAAAAUGAGGGCCAUGUUUUGCAUCAAGAGAAUGAGCUUCCUUCCUUGAAGACAAUGCGCCUUUCUUCUACACCAAAUUUCAUUAGCAUUGUUCGAGAAUUGAAGAAAUGUAUGCCGGUGCCAUCUCCAGUUUUGAAAGAAGAUUCAAAGGAGAAAAAUGAAAACUCUAAGAUGAGUGCUUUCUCAUGGGCUCCUGGAUGUUGUUUUCUACCAGCAACUAAAGACAGUGAUAGUAUUGGAGCAUCUAAUGGCACAAUGCAACACCACCACCAAAUUUCAUCGGAAUUACCUGCAUCAAUGGAAUUGAUUCAAUCAUUUCAUGAAGCAAAGUGUCUUAUGAGUAAGCCGUUGAAGCUACAAAAUAUCAUAUACAUGGAAUUUUGGGAUUGUUCAAAAUUAAAGUCGUUGUUCAGUGUUUCCAUUGCCAAAACCAUCAUGUUGGAGCGCUUGGAGAUUGGGAACUGUGAAGAAUUGAAGCACAUAAUAACAAAUGUAGCAGAGGAUGAUGACCAUCUCAAUUGCACCUCCAUCUUCCCAAAUCUAGAAAGCCUCCAAAUUAGGAAUUGUAAUAAGUUGGAAUUUAUAUUUCCAUCCACUUUUUCUGGAGGUCUGCAAAAACUAAAAUCUAUAUGGAUUCAUGGAGCUUCUGAAUUGAAGCAUGUUUUUGGAAAAUAUGACCCUGAAGAUUAUGUAUCAAACGAGAAUGAGAAUAAUGAGCCUCGCAUUGAUCUUCCUGUAUUGGAAACACUAUCCCUCAUAGAGGUACCAAAUAUUAUCAGCAUUCAUAUCAAGAAGUAUCAUCUAGAAUGCCCAUCUCUACAAACUGUGGAAGCACCAAAGAUGCAAGAUGUGGCGAGUGAAGGAGCUAAGGAAUCUGAGAAAAAAGAGAUUGUUGAUGCUGGAAGACCAGUGAUUCCAAACAUGGGCAUCGAAUUUGUUCUCAACUUCCAUACUCUUAAAAAAAUAAGAAUUGGAAGAUUUAAAAAGUUGAAAACUAUGUUCUUUUUAUCUUCGUGGAAAAACCUACCACAGUUGUCCCAGUUACAUAUAGAAGACUGUGAGGAAUUAGUUAAUGUGGUUGAAGAUGAUUCUAAGAAUUAUGAUCAUAUCAAUUAUAGCUCCGUUGUCUCAAAGCUGGAGCAUCUUGAAAUCUGUAGAUGCAACAAGUUGGAAUUUAUAUUUCCUCACUCCUCUUUUGGUGGUCUUAAAAAAUUAAAGUAUUUGAGUGUCCGAAAAGUUGCAGAGUUGAAAUACAUUUUUGGAAAACAUCAUCAAGGAGAUUAUGCAUCAAAUGAGAAUGAAAGCGAUGAGGUCCACAUUGAUUUCCCAGCUUUGGAAAGUCUCUAUCUCUGGGAUGUACCAAAGAUGAUCAACAUUAUUUGUGCAAAAAAUUAUCACCUGAGCUUUCCAUCUCUACGAUGGAUUGGUUUAGAUGACUGUCAAGAGAUAAACGGAAGAUCUUUUCUGGAUUUGAUGGUUUGCUUACAAGGGAGACAAUCAGAUGUGAAAACUGAAAAGGACUUGAUGAAAAUUAUCAAGGACAUGCAAAGGUUGAUGUACCUUAGAGUAAGCAACUCAAAAAUACAAGAGGUCUUUAAUUUAGAAGAAGUGAAAAUUGAAGGUUCAGUGACAUUAAGCUUAGAAAGCAUGAGUUUGGAAAAUCUAAGUGAAUUGAGGCAUAUAUGGAAGGGCCCCAAAUAUAUGCUGAGCCACCACAACCUUCGAUGGCUGACACUCAAAGCAUGUGAAAAGCUUAGAUCAAUCUUCUGUGUCCCAGUAUUGAAAAGCCUCCCAUCAUUGUCCUAUUUAGAGAUAGAAGACUGUGAAGAAUUAGUUCAUAUUAUUGAAGAGGAUUGUGAAGAAAGUGCUAAUGACCAAUUCCAUCAACUUUUCUUCCCAAAUUUACAAGAAAUUUGCAUCAGGCGUUGUAAUAGCUUGAAAUGCCUUUUCUUGAUAUCAACAUCUGCCAUGUUUCCAAUGCUACGGGGGUUAAAAAUUGAAGAAUCCCUUGAGAUGGAACAAGUAAUUGCAUGCAAACAACAUCAUAACCAGAAGAUGGUGGUGAAAGAUGUAUUUCCAAAACUGUCGAAUUUAACACUUGGAAAACUGCCAAGGCUUGUUACAAUUUGUGGGGAGAUUGAUUUUCGUUCCGUACAGAGCUAUCAAGUGGUUGAUUGUCCCAAAUAUCAAGAAAUUACUUCUCAACUUCAAGGAGGGCCUGAAGAUCUUGAUUCAAAAAAUCAAGCAUCAACAGAGGGGCUAGUUUCUGCUCAUUCCAAUAAUGCUCAUCAAAUGCCACAUAUGGGAGAAACAAGUGCUUCCCGAAACCCCACAGAGAGUAAGGAGGAAACCAUAAUGGAAAUUGAAUCCAAGGGUCCUACUCCAGCGUUAGAGAAACAAGCAUUGGAAACUGCAACAGUUGAAUCACAAUCCAGGAGGACAUCUCUGGAUGGCUUGGAGGAUGAAUGCAUAAAGAAUGAAUCAAUCGCACAGCCCCAACAUCAGGAUCUUAAAGAAACAGAAUCAUCCAUUGAAGCAUGCCGCAGAACUAAUAUACCAUUUCAUGAUGAUAGUAUUGACGACAAAUUAAAAGAAAGAGUUCAUGAGGGUCCCACGUUAGAGAACAGGGUGCAAGCAGCUCUGUUAGCUGAUAUAGCAAGAAGGAACUCAUCAGCAUUCACCACUCCUCUCCAAGAAGAGUUCCCAUUGGAUUUGAUGGAGAUAGAAUCAGGAAGAGAAACGAGUAUGACAUACCGACAAGAACUAGGAGAAAUGAGUGUAGUUGAAGGUUUUCCAGAAGACACUGCAAUUGCGAAAACUAAAAUGGUUACUUCCUCACUCUAUUCACAAGGAGGAGGCUUAGAGCCCGGCCUACCAGCAUUGUUUGAUAGAGAAACAGGGAAGGAAGUUGGCAAAGUAGUUCCUACUAGGAAAUUAUCAACAACUUCACCUGAUUUUGAGAGCUUAAAGACAGGGAAAGAAGUUGUUGGAAUGCUUCGUACUCCAAGGUUAUCAACGGCUGCAACUUCAUCAGAUUUAGAGAGUAGGAAUGAAAGUAUUCCGAAAGACACUACACCAAGGAAAUAUAAAAUAAAUACUUCCUCCAUGCAUUCACAAGCAGAAACCUCACAAUCAAAUCCACCUGCACAAGUUACUCCAAGCAUCAAAGUAACAUUGGAGCAAGGACUUCAAGAGAGUUAUGCAACAGAAGAAGCCAUAACAGCAAAUCAAUCAAUUAGUUUAGAUUCAGAGAAGCAAUCAAGAUUAGUUAGUCUCUUAGAAAAAGAAAAGGCACAGAGCUUUGAAAAAGGGAAGGAAGUUGCAGCAUUAACCACAGCUUCAUCAAAUCCAAAGCUCUCAGAAACAGGGAAGGAAGCUGUUGGAAUACUUCUUACUUCAGGGUUAUCAAUGGCUACAACUUCAUCAAAUUUAGAGAGUGUAAGUGAAAGUAUUCCAGAAGUCACUACACCUAUGAAAGCUAAAAUAAAUACUUCCUCAAUUUAUAUACAAGAAUCCUCACAACUGGAUCCACCAGCAAAAGUUAUUUCAAGUAUUGAAGCCAAAAUAGCAAAUCAAUCAAUUGAUUUAGAUUCAGUAAAGCAAUCUAGAUUAGUUGGUCUCUCAGAAAAAGAACAGGCACAGAGUACUAACGAAGCUUCAAAGAGAACUGUUGAAGAAGUUUCUGCUUCAGAGGCAUCAUCAAAGUCAACUCAGUUUGACUCAGAAUUUACUGAGAAAGAAACAAUGAAUGGAAGUGUUCAAGAGGAGCAUAAAGCAAACAAGGCUCCAAAAGCAAACCUGUCAACGGACCCACAACGUUAUUUGCCAAACCCAGCAAAGGGCAAUACGGCCCUUGUUGAUGUGAUCCCUCCUCCUCUUCAUCAACAAGCACAAAUUGAUGUUGCAACCCCUUCAUCUCCUACGUUAGGGAUUAGUGAAAUUUUCGAAAUAGUGGAUUUGAAAGAUGGCGAACCUGCAUUGCUCGCCAAUGCGCUCGAGCGAUAUCCACAGCUAAGGCUACCUCGCGAACAACGCACCAAUCGAAUUAUAGCUUUGUCCUACCGAGUGCUCCUUGACAUUUUGGUCAUCCUAGCCACCAAGACUCCCCGUACCAUUACACCAUCGGAUAGAUCGAUUCUGGAGGCGAACUUAGGGGAAGCGACUAUUCUUGGGUUCGACAAAGAGUGGAUUGAAUCAGUUCGCGCCAAAAUUUCUGGCUCUGAUACGAUUGAUGUCUUGGUGGCAGAGAAGGAGAUGGUAGACAUGGAGGCGAAGCUGGAAACAUGUGAAAUUGCGUUGGAUGAGGUCUAUAAGCAUAGAGCAGAAGCAAAAGAAUGGCUUGAAGCCAUUGAUUCUCAGUUGUUGGGUCUUCUAGAAGAUCGCAAGAAAUUGGUUAUCAAGAUAUCAAAAACUAGGGAAAUAGUGAGUGCCAUGGAUAUACCUUUUGGCUUUUAGGUUUCCUAAUUGUCGGCUUGUGUUCAUCAAAGAAGUAGCCUGUUGUAUCUAUGACACAGAAUUGUAGACCAAUUUUCUGGCUCUGGGUGCGUUUAGGCGUUCAGCACUUCAGCCUAAUAUAUUUUCAAAGGAUUGUUAUAAAACAAAGGAUAUAUUGUUAUGAAUAUUAUAAUUAGUGUGC